AUGCUUGAUGCUUGUUGUUAUGCUUGUGCUUGUGCUUGUGCUUGUGCUUGUGCUUGUGCUUGUGCUUGUGCUUGUGCUUGUGCUUAUGCUUGUGCUUGUUCUUGUGCUUGUUCUUGUGCUUGUGCUUGUGCUUGUUCUUGUGCUUGUGCUUGUGCUUGUGCUUGUGCUUGUGCUUGUGCUUGUGCUUGUGCUUGUGCUUGUGCUUGUGCUUGUGCUUGUGCUUGUGCUUGUGCUUGUGCUUGUGCUUGUGCUUGUGCUUGUGCUUGUGCUUGUGCUUGUGCUUGUGCUUGUGCUUGUGCUUGUGCUUGUGCUUGUGCUUGUGCUUGUGCUCUGUGCUUAUGCCUGUGCUUAUGCCUGUUCUUAUGCCUGUGCUUAUGCCUGUGCUUAUGCUUAUGCUUAUGCCUGAUACUUGAUGCUAGAUGCUAG